AUGACUGCAGCCGGAGCCGCCGGACGAACUAUCAAAUUUGGGCCCUUUGAGGUUACAAAUCAGGUCUUUUUCACUACACCGCACUCUUUCGCGCUGGUGAAUCUCAAACCUCUGAUUCAAGGCCAUGUUCUCGUCUGUCCGCAUAACCCGCAUAAACGCCUGACAGACUUGACGCCUACUGAGAUCUCAGAUCUCUUCACAACAGUGCAGCUCACCCAGCGUCUACUUGCACGUGCUUACUUCCGCACCCCCGAGCCUGAGGCCGGAAGCUUCUCAGUUGCUGUUCAAGACGGAGCUGACGCGGGGCAGACGGUACCACAUGUUCACGUCCACGUCGUUCCGCGGACGGCUGGGGACAUGGGAAGCCCAGAUGCCGUGUAUGUUAAACUUGCGGGGGAGGAGGGCAAUGUCGGUGGUGCGUUAUGGGAUAAGGAGAUGGGCGCCCGACCGAAGCCGGGUGGAGGGUUGAGGAGAGUCGAUGACCAGGACCGAAGAGCAAGAAGUGUUGAGGCGAUGGCUGAGGAGGCGGAACGGUAUAAGGCUAUUCUGAAGGAGAUGGGCAUUGAAUAG